CAUUGCACUCGGCGUCUUGCAAGAUUCAGCUCGUAUAGCACGAGUACUUUCGUCUUCGGCUCUUCUGAAAGGCUUUUCUUGACUCGACUUGCUCCCCGCGCAGCGAUGAAGUGGCCGAACGGAACGGGCCUCUUGGCUGCCGCCGCCAACGGUGGAGCAUCGCUGRUCCUGACCCUGGUCACGGCCCGUUCCGCCUCCGCGGCUGCGUUCGCGGCGAACGGUCUUGCGGGUUCCGGUCGGCCCCAACCGUGGAUCGGUGCCCGGCAGCACGGGCCCGUUCCACCCGGUUUCUUGCGGGGUGCUCCGUUCCUCGAGUGCCCGUCCCGGAGAUCGUUCUCCGUUACCAAACGAAGCGGGAGCAAAAGCAGCGUUGGYGUCAGCAACAGCGGAACGGACGGGGAUUGCGGAUGUGGUGAGGGGACCGGGGAUUCGGGUGAGCGAUUCGGAAUCGAGACCGAACCAAGCGAGAUUGGGAAGCUCCUUAAAUCCACAGAGCUCACAAACAUCGAUGGGAGCCGCGUGCCGCUCGGUGACUAUUUUGGSGACGGRGACGACGCUACCAUCGUUGUCUUYCUGAGGCACCUUGCGUGAGUCUACUGCUGGAGUUAUGCCAAUCAGUGGAUCGAUUACGAAGAGCAACUCCAGCAUAAUCAACAACAACAACAACAGAGCGCGUCCCUUCCAACCAACGGAGCAACAACAAYGAGCGCAACUUCCACCACAAACCGCUUCUCUAUUGGCGGACCAAUUUUUGUUUCGAUUGGGAGCGUCGAACAACUGAGGACCUUCUUGGAGGAGAACCCGAGAAUUCCGAGGGACAGGAUCCUCGUCGACGACUACCGCCACCGGUCCUACAAGGAAACAAUGAGAUUUCGGCGKUUUGACGAUGCCGAAUCGCUUGAAUCAGUCUUCUCCGAUGGGAGYAUUCCACAGAUUCUAGAUCUCRCCCGGAAGCUCGUGGUCCCGCUGUUUACAGUGGUAGGGGUCCAACGGCUGCUGCGGUCCUAUCUGAAACGCAUCCCGGAUCUCGCGCCCGUAAAACCCGGARAMAGACUCGACUGGACCGAUCUCCCCGAGGGAGGCCUUCGAAAYGGAGGUACCAUCGUGGUUGGUACAACCCUCAACAACAACAAYGAAGAGGAGGAGGACGGAGCCCUGCUCUAUCGCUGGAACGACAAAGUCCCCGGCGAUGUGCCGGCCCCCGCCGACGUGUACAACGAGGCCUUGUCGGUCCUACAGCGCAAGGCGUAACCUCGGUGCACAGCAGAGCAGCGCAAUACAACACGGCAUGAUUC